CGCCACCCAUAAACAUCGGACCACAUCUCUGGGACCGCAUUGUUUCAGGCCAGGUCGCGGGAAUCGUCCCAGACCACCAUAAAGCUUCACCCUUAGCACCAAAGCCGGCCGGCCCUUCUUACUAGACGCCAACGGGGUCACAAGCCCGUGGUUUCUUUUCCAAAACGACCGCAAAAGCACGCCCCUGAGUUGUCAAUCAUGAAGUCGGCUACUCGCCUCUUUUACCUGUCGGUCUUCGCCCUCUGGGGGCCUCGGGUCUCUUGCCAGAUUUCAGACCCAGAUCCGGAAUCUUCUUCCAAAGAUGCUUGCGCGAUCUCGCCCAGGGCUAUCGUCAGUGACGCAUGUGCCUCCUACUCGACCCUCGAGCGGUUGAACCGCAACGUCAAGCCGGCCCUUGACGACCUGACGCAGACGACCGACUUCUUCUCGCACUACCGCGUCAACCUGUUCCACAAGAAGUGCCCCUUUUGGAACGACGAAAAUGGCAUGUGCGGCAACAUCGCCUGCUCCGUCGAGACCCUCGACAGCGAGGAGGACAUCCCGCUGGUAUGGCGGGCCAGCGAGCUCGGCAAGCUGGAGGGCCCGCGCGCGAGGCACCCCGGCAAGAACGUGCAAGCGCAGCAGCCCGAGAGGCCGCUGCAGGGACGGCUGGGGGAGAACGUCGGGGAGAGCUGCGUGGUGGAGUACGACGACGAGUGCGACGACCGCGAUUACUGCGUACCCGAAGACGAGAGCGCGACUUCCAAGGGCGACUACGUGAGCUUGUUGCGCAACCCGGAGCGGUUUACCGGUUAUGCUGGCGACGGGGCCAAGCAGGUCUGGGACGCCAUCUACCGGGAGAACUGCUUCCAGCGGAGCUCGUUCCCGCGCUCGGCGGCACUCGGGAGCGAUCCGUCGGCCAGGGGCCCGGCUGCCAUGGACUUCAGGGCUGUGAUUGAGGCUGCGGGCCGGCAACAGGUGCUGGAGGAGCAGCGGCAGCACCACCCGCUGACCCCGUUCGUGGCGAAGACUGGGCUGGAGUACGAGGACGAGUGCCUCGAGAAGCGUGUGUUCUACCGCGUCAUCUCGGGCAUGCACGCGAGCAUCUCGACACACUUGUGCUGGGACUUCCUCAACCAGACGACCGGAGAGUGGCAACCCAACGUCGCAUGCUACAUGGACCGCCUACACGAGCACCCGGACCGCAUCAGCAACCUCUACUUCAACUACGCGCUCGUCACUCGCGCCAUCGCGAAGCUGGGCCCGUAUCUCUCGCAGCACCAGGACUACACCUUUUGCCAGGGCGACUCGGACCAGGAUGCCGCGACACGCAGCAAGGUCAUGGCCGUCACGGAAAAGGCGACGAGCGUGGCGCACAUCUUUGACGAGAGCCUGAUGUUCAAGAACGGCGAGGGCCCCUCUCUCAAGGAGGACUUCCGCAACCGCUUCCGCAACGUCAGCCGCCUGAUGGACUGCGUCGGGUGCGACAAGUGCCGCCUCUGGGGCAAGCUGCAGACGGUCGGCUACGGGACCGCGCUCAAGGUGCUGUUCGAGUUCGACAACAACGACGCGCCCGCGGUGCCCAUCCUCAAGCGCACCGAGCUGGUCGCCCUGUUCAACACGUACGCGCGCCUGAGCAGCAGCAUGACGGCCAUCCAGGAGUUCAGGGCCAUGGCGGAGCAGAUCGAAGCGGCUAGCCGGUUCGACGAGCGGCUCAAGGAGGCCGAGAAGAUCAGCAUCAUCCCUGACCGGGCGAAGAAGCCGCGGCACGCCGUCGUCCCGGGAUCGUCGGAAGCGGCGCCGUCUGAAACUGCAGAUGAGCCGCAGGUGGGCGAGGAGUCGCCGAAUUACGAAGGGCGGACCGUGAAGGAGGAAUUCGACAACGAGAUGGAAAAGGUGAUUAAGGCGGUAAAAUACGUGGUGGGGAGCUGGUUCAAGUUUCCGGCGAUAUUGUGGCAGAUUAUCACAUCUGAGUUGCGGCGACUGUGGCAGUUCUACAUUGGCCUGCCCGUGUCUCCGAGGACGUGGGCCUUUGAGCGGGUGAGGGUGGAUGAGCUCUGAGGUCGUGGUUUCCUUAGCGUCAUUGACUAGCAUUGCAUUACGGCCCGGAUUUACGGGCCUAGACUGGAGUUUGGAGUUGCGGGGAAACUACCUAGCCCUCGCUCGCUGUGGACGGCGAUGUUCUUUCAGGAUCGUGCAUUUACGAAUUUAGUACAUCGAGAUGGAGGCUAGAGGCCGACAUACAGAAAUGUACGUGACCAUAGUGUGGUUUGGCAACAAAAUAGCGGUAUACCAUGUAUC